CAUCCCUAUCCCGCUCAUUUAGCCCGCCUGAAAGUAAAAAAAACAGCCCACGUUCAUCAUUCAUACGAAAGUCACAGCCGCGGCAACAUUACUGCUGUUGAAUUCUUAAGCCCGUCACCAGUAUUUAAAUAAUAAAACACAUUCAAUAUGUUUGAGGCACGCCUGGGUCAAGCCACCAUCCUGAAGAAGAUCUUGGAUGCCAUCAAAGAUCUGCUAAAUGAGGCAACCUUCGAUUGCAGCGACUCCGGCAUUCAGCUCCAGGCCAUGGACAACUCCCAUGUGUCGCUUGUCUCGCUGACCCUGCGUUCCGAUGGCUUCGACAAGUUCCGCUGCGACCGCAAUCUCUCCAUGGGCAUGAAUCUGGGCAGCAUGGCCAAGAUUCUGAAGUGCGCCAACAACGAGGACAAUGUGACGAUGAAGGCGCAGGAUAACGCCGACACCGUCACCAUCAUGUUCGAAUCGGCUAACCAGGAGAAGGUAUCCGACUACGAGAUGAAGCUCAUGAACCUCGACCAGGAGCACCUGGGCAUACCGGAGACGGACUUCUCGUGCGUGGUCCGCAUGCCGGCCAUGGAGUUCGCUCGCAUCUGCCGCGAUCUGGCGCAAUUCAGCGAAUCCGUUGUGAUCUGCUGCACCAAGGAGGGCGUCAAGUUCUCGGCCAGCGGCGAUGUGGGCACCGCCAACAUUAAGCUAGCCCAAACCGGCUCUGUCGACAAGGAGGAGGAGGCGGUGAUCAUCGAGAUGCAGGAGCCGGUGACGCUGACCUUUGCCUGUCGCUACCUGAACGCCUUCACAAAGGCGACGCCAUUGUCCACCCAAGUGCAGCUGUCGAUGUGCGCAAAUGUUCCGCUGGUAGUAGAAUAUGCGAUUAAGGAUCUGGGUCACAUUCGCUACUACCUGGCACCCAAGAUCGAGGACAACGAGACAUAAGUCAACUGUGCUCCUCAUUUAUGUUCCCGCAUCGUCACCACUCAUCCUCCCACGUUCACUUCAUUCCUAACUUUUAAGUAAAUCCGCAUUUUUUGAUCAAUAAAAGCUAUACUGUGUAAUGUUAA